GGUGCGGCGGACACGGUGUGCGACCGUGGGGAAACGUCAUCGGGAGUCGCGUAUUUUUUCGGGCAGCCGAAACCGCGAGAAAAUCAUGCGAGAGAAGAGACGUGGGUAGCGUAAGGUUUAACUGUCGCCUCUGUCUUGCUCUCUCUUUGCGAUGUCCGGAAUGGUAAACGAAAAACACGAGUAACGGAAGGGAAGGAUGUCGGUUGACCAGGGGAAUCGGCGAGAAUCCUCGGAACGGGGUUAAACUCGGGUAAUAUCGAAGUAGGUGAAGGGAACAGAAAAGAGCCGAGAGACGACAGGUGAGCAGUGAACCGAGGGUCUGGAUGCAGGGCUCUCUUACCCGAGGUGGUUCUCGAAGGCAGAGGGAUCCUGUUCGCGCCUUUUCUCCGGGAUCUCCGCACGUAGCUGCGCGACGAUGUGAACGAGGCGCUUGGCAUUUUUAACGUGCUUCCCGACGAAAAUUAUGCGAGAAACGGGUGAAACAACUAAACACUAAACAAUGGCGACACUUCCACCGAGCCCAGCGGCCAUCUUCUCAUUGACGGUAGGACUGCCGACUGGUGCCAGACCGCCAAUCGGAUGAAUUUCUGCUCUUCCCCUCUUUCCUCGCUGACCACCUAUCCACCCCGACCGAAAGCGAUCCUUUUCUCGCUCGUUCUCACUCGCCUUCCACCCCCUCGCACCGAUCCCCCUCUUCCGCAGUGGAUCGCGACCAACAAGCAACCAACAUCAGUGUGGAGUUAUGGAGACCGCGGACCGAAAUACCGAUAUGUUCUGCGUGCCCGCGAUUUUAUCAUGUCUCGGUCUCCCUGCAGUGUACGUCGCGAGCCUCUAUGUGUGGGGAUUCCCGAUCAAUAGGCACUAUGCUACAGCGAUAAAAAAGAGAUUUAUUAGCAUUUUUUUCGUAUGCCUUGUAUCUCCUACGUCGUUGUACUUUGGAAUGAACGAGAAUGUCUUCCAGAAGGCAACAAUUUUGGAGUUAUUGGGUCUACGAUGGCCAGGUUUAAUUCAAGCAAUUGUGAUACCAUUAUUGUUAACAAUGAUACUAUUUUUAGGACCGUUAAGCGUAAUGGGUUGGGAUGGGAUAUGGAGAUUAUGUUCCGAGUCCAUGUUUUGGCCUGGAAAUAAAAGGACAUUGACGUGGUGGAGAAGUCAAGUUGUCGCACCUUUGUCCGAAGAAUGGACGUUCAGGGCAUGCAUGUUACCGGUGCUUUUACAAUGUUUCACACCGAUUACCGCGAUAUUCGUAUGCUCUUUAAUUUUUGGGGUUGCUCACAUGCAUCAUAUAGUAUGUAGGGUACAAGAAGGCAUGACCUUUAAGCGUGCGUUUUUGAUAUCGUGUCUUCACUGUUCGUACACGACAUUGUUUGGAUUGUACGCGGCUUUUCUGUUUGUUAAAACAGGACACUUAGCGGCACCGGUGAUAUCGCAUUCUUUUUGUAAUUGCAUGGAAUUACCAGAUUUUUCUACAGCAUUUGAAGAUCCAUUCAGAAGGCUUCCUUUAUACGUCAUUGGUUUAGUUUCUUUUUGUUUGUUGUUAACACCAAUGACGAAACCCACGUUAUUUCAUAACAAUUUAUUUUGGAGUAAAUAUUUUAUAUGAGACAAGAUUCAUUUUCGAUACAGUCACUAAUGUUGUUCACAAUUUUUAUAACAGACUAGGAUAAUUCGAAGUUAUUUACAUCGUAUUUAUAAUUCAUAUUGCAUGAUUAAACGCUCUUACGAGUUACGAGUUAAAUCAUGCGAUGAAAGGCAUAGAUGACACGCAUCUUUUUGAUAUGUGAAUUUUUUAAUAAUAAUUUUGGAGAAAAAUCGUGGCGAUCCGAAUGAAAUUUUAUAACGAAUGUUUCGUGCGACCACACACACUGUUGAGGUAAAUUAAUCAUGCGGUAUAGAACUAACGAAAAGAGUCACUGUAGUACCUCAAUUUCAAUUGAAUUUAUAUAGUUGUAAAUAUGGAAAUAGGAAUUACAAUUCGGACAAAGUUUCUCUUUGAAAUAAAAAAGUGUUGAUGAAAGAUUAUGUACUUGAAAAAGUUAUUGAAAGAUUAUGACAUUGAUACAAUAAAUAUUGAAUUUUAAAUUGGUAAUAGAAAAAUUAUUUAUAUAAAAAUUCAUCCUUUGCUACUUUUUUUUCUAUAAUGUACAAAUGUGAUGACGCUUUCACCUUAAAGUGACUUAACAACAUGUUUAUAGUUACAUGUUACCUUGUAUAUGAGAAUAAAUAUCAUUAUUAUGAUAUACUUAUUGUUUAUUCAGGCUGCAGAGGCAACAAUUAAACAUCAUUGCAAUAUUUGUUAUAAAUGUUUUAUGUAGUAUUUACCUGGUAAAAAACAUAAAGACAAAUAUAGAGGAGUUUCUACGUUUUAAGAUAACAUUCUGUUAUUCAGAACGGAUCUUUGUACAAUACGUCGUAAUGCGUUCCUUAGAAACUACACGUCUGAUCUCAUACAAUCGAAGCGCAAACAUUAAUCACAAUUAUUUGUCAAUCAUAAUAAUCUUCCUUCAAAGAAAGAAAAACUUGAAUUAUACAGUGAGAUAUUUAUGUAUAAAUAUAUACAUUACGUUAAACUGUACAUGUUUUCAACGAAAUCUACUGUUAUAUUUUAAAUAUACUAAAAAACGGAAUUUACAACAUGGAUGGAUUCAUUCAAUUUGUAACAUAGUAAUAUAGAAUAUGUAAAUGUAAAGAAAUUCCCACUC